AUGGGUCCGUCCAGUAUGCCCUCUGUGCCCCUCAUGGUGGGCUGUGGGGUCUCCUGCAGCGCUCUGCUUAUCCUGUUGCUCAUCUAUGCUGCCUUCUGGAGGUAUAUUCGUUCGGAGAGGUCUAUCAUCUUGGUGAAUUUUUGUCUCUCCAUCCUGGCCUCCAACAUCUUAAUACUGGUUGGACAGUCCCAGACACUCAGCAAGGGCCUGUGUACUGUGACUGCUGCGUUCCUUCAUUUCUUCUUCUUGGCAUCGUUCUGCUGGGUACUGACAGAGGCGUGGCAGUCUUACCUGGCUGUGAUUGGCAAGAUGAGGACGCGCCUCAUACGCAAACGCUUCCUGUGCCUGGGCUGGGGUCUCCCAGCCCUGGUGGUUGCUGUGUCAGUAGGUUUCACUAGAGCCAGAGGUUACGGUACACCCAGCUAUUGUUGGCUGUCCUUGGAAGGCGGGCUUCUCUACGCCUUUGUCGGUCCUGCAGCCGUCAUCGUAUUGGUGAACAUGCUGAUUGGUAUUGUGGUCUUCAACAAGCUCAUGUCUCGAGAUGGCAUCUCGGACAAGUCUAAAAAGCAAAGAGCUGGACAGCUGUCCCUGAUUGAGAACCAUACCCGACUGCUCCUGAAAUGCUCCAAGUGUGGUGUGAUCUCAAGUACAGCUAUGUCCAGCUCUACAGCCAGCAGCGCCAUGGCGUCCCUGUGGAGUUCCUGUGUAGUUCUCCCUCUGCUGGCUCUGACUUGGAUGUCUGCUGUGUUGGCCAUCACCGACCGCCGCUCCACACUGUUCCAGGUCCUGUUUGCUGUCUUUGACUCUGUCCAGGGCUUCGUCAUCAUUACUGUGCACUGUGUCAUGCGCCGCGAGGUCCAGGACGCAGUGCGCUGUCGGAUAGGGGGAUGUAAAGAUGACAGCGAGAACUCACCGGACUCAUGCAAGAAUGGACAGGUGCAGAUCAUGACGGACUUUGAAAAAGAUGUGGACCUGGCGUGUCAAACAGUCAUCUUCAAGGAGGUGAACACCUGUAACCCGGCAACCAUCACCGGGACCCUCUCCCGAAUCUCCCUUGAUGAAGAGGAUGACCCUAAACUGGCGACCCACCAGGAGGGGGGUUUAGGGGUCAACUUCAGCUCCCUCCCUGGAAACAUCCCCCCUCCUAACCUACUCGUUCAGGUGCCCCCGCUGGGUGUUCUGAACGAGCUGAGUGACACCCCUGUGAAGAAGGAGGUCAACAUGGAGCAGAAGAGGCAGCAUGGGAACCCCAGGAACACAGUGCCUGUAUACCUCUGCACCGAUAGCGGGCUGGGCUGGUCUCGACCGCCUCCUCCUCACAAUACCCAGGAUGGACCUAGCGGGGGAGGGGAGGGGGACUAUAUGGUGUUACCCCGUAGGACGGUCAGUCUAAAACCCCCUCCACCCCCGGGGCUGGGGUUGGGGGGCGAGGACAAGCCCCUGAACAUCGCGGUGGACGACCCGCCUUUCCCCCCGCCCCCCUCGCCCAUGACACUCCACCCGGUGGAGAGCGAGGCCUACCCGGCCGACUUCAUCUCACCCGGCGACCACAACAUGAAUAUCGCAAUGAACAUGAACCGCUCCUAUGGGACGCUCAAGCAGCUCCCCAUGCACGGGGGUCACGGACCCCAGGGCCACAUGCAAGUUCCGGGCAGCCACGUGCACGGCCAUGGGCAAUCACUGCAGCUGAAGCCGGGCCAGAGGCCGUCGGUGAGGCAGAUACUAACAGGAGGGGGAGGCACCCGGACCCUGCCACGCAACCUUGGCAGCACCAAUGCUAACGCCAGCCUCUCUGCUGGCUCCCUGGAGAGGAAAAGAGUACGGUACUCUGAGCUGGACUUUGAGAAAGUGAUGCACACUCGCAAAAGACACUCUGAGCUGUACCAUGAGCUCAACCACCCCACCACCAAGUUCCACACCAUAGACAGGUAUAACAGGGACCCCGCCAUGUCCACCUUCAAGGACAAGUCGACCCCGACCCAAGACGACCAGCACUCCUGGGACAGCUUCAAGACCAUGACCCCUGAGCUGUCCAUCGUGCCGGGGGAGCACAAGGACAGGAUGGAGCUGCACAACAAGACCACCUGGGACUCCUCGUCUGCCAACACACCUGACACGUCCGAGGGGGACUUCCAGACUGAAGUGUGA